UUUUUUGUUGUGCUGUGUGGGUUUUUGACAUUAAUGAUUGAUAAUUGCGUCAACAUUGAAACUGACUUAACAGUGGAAGUAAAUGCUGGAUCUGAGCAUUGUUUUUUUCAGAGUAUAAAGAAGUCAACAUCCAUUGAAAUUGAAUACCAGGUAAUAGAUGGAGGAGACCUUGACAUCAAUUUUUAUGUGCACAGUCCAAACCAUGUUGUUCUUGCUGCUGAUAGUAGGAAAACAGAAAAUGUUGUCAAAGUUGAAGCCAACAUGAUUGGAGACUACAAGUUUUGCUUAGACAACAGAUUUAGCCGCUUCUCCAAAAAACUAGUAUUCUUUGAGCUGACAACUACAAGUGGUGAUGAUGAUGACGACGAUGACGAUGAUGAUUGGGAACCUAAUAAGGAUGAACUUGUGGAAUUGGUUGACAUGAAAAUUGAGGAUUUUAAAAAUAUUAUCGCCAGUGUCAAAGUGAAUCUGGAGAAGUCCGUACAGCUACAGAAUUUAGUGAAAAUGUUCGAGGCUCGAGACCGCAACAUUCAAGAAAAUAAUUUUGAAAGAGUUAAUUUAUGGUCGUGUGUAUUCCUUGUUGUAAUGAUGUUAGUAGGUUUAACUCAAGUUAUUAUGAUUAGACAUCUGUUUGCAAAUAAAGCCAGUCAGUCUGUACAAACAAUGAAAGUACGGACAUAGCUGACAGCCGUUUGGUAUAGAGUGAAACUGCGAGGUUCAGUUGUACGAGAUUACUUGUUUUCGGUCUCCUACCGGUCCAGCCGUAGGAGACCAUAGGUUUCGUCUCCGUCCGUCUGUCUGUCCAGCAUUUAGUUUUCCUGACUUUUUUUUUCGCAAUGCCUCAAUAUACUGAGGUGAAGUUUUAAAUGUAUCUUUAUCAAGUUUAGUAACUGUUACAGAUCAACUUUCAUGGGAUUUACCUAUUUUUCCGCAAUGCCUCAAUAUACUGAGGUGAAGUUUUAAAUGUAUCUUUAUCAAGUUUAGUAACUGUUACAGAUCAACUUUCGUGGGAUUUACCUAUUUUUGACUUAUGGCCUGGUCUUGUUCGACUUUCAUGAGAAUUUAUUUAAGGGCCUAAACUCUGUCAGAAAUGUGAAUGUAAUCCAUGCUUGACAGAGUUAAACUUAAACUUGGACAAUAUGAAAAUUUGUUGGGCCAGGUAGGGGACGUGUAUUGCUUUAGCAGUACUCGUAGAAUGCUUGUUUAAUUUUAUAUAUUGGGUAAAUUCUGAAAAAUAGAAUGAGAAAGUGUGUUAGACUUGAGUGCUAUCCAGUACUUAUUCCAUUAUGGCUUAGUAUUAUGCAGUGCUUAAAGAAACCAACAGACCAUUUCUGGACAGGUAUCUUUGUGAUUUUGAAAGUUGAGGCUUUGGACAGUUUUAAACUUUUAAAAAUGUAUUAUUUAACAAAAAAUUACUGGUACUUGAUUUCUGAUGUUUCACAUUUCUAAUAUUUAAAAAAAUAAAAUAAAACAAACGUUUUGAAAAGUCUGGUUUACCUAGAAUGAAGACAAAUAUUAAACAAUUGUUUAAACAUAGAUUAUCUAUAUGCUUCGAUAGAAUGUUAUUUCAUUUAAUUAAUUUUUGUUAAUGUUUGCAGCCCUGAACAUUAAAUAUUUUGAUUUUGUACAAGAGUUAGAGCAAGGAAAUCAAAACAUUUACAGACCUUUUUUUAAAAGUUUAUACAUCAAUAUUUUAACCUGAUAUACAUUAGUGUUGGGAAUCGUACUGAUACAAUCGCUUAGAAUUGUAAUACGUACUUAAGUAGAUUUAAAUUAUUAUGACUGUACGCUUCUUGUCAUGUUCUCCAUAAUAGACUCUUGCCUGUCAUUAAUUUAACUUUUAAUACCUGUUCAUUAUUGGUUUUCUUUAUGUCCACAUGAAACUGUGGACAUCACAUUUCUCCUGACAAUCGAUUAUAGAUUAUUGUAAUCAAUAUCACAUCGGUAGAGCCCAACUGUGCACACCACAUUUCUCCUGACAAUCGAUUAUGGAUUAUUGUAAUCAAUAUCACAUCGGUAGAGCCCAACUGUGCACACCACAUUUCUCCUGACAAUCGAUUAUGGAUUAUUGUAAUCAAUAUCACAUCGGUAGAGCCCAACUGUGCACACCACAUUUCUCCUGACAAUCGAUUAUGGAUUAUUGUAAUCAAUAUCACAUCGGUAGAGCCCAACUGUGCACACCACAUUUCUCGUGACAAUCGAUUGUAGAUUAUUGUAAUCAAUAUCACAUCGGUAGAGCCCAACUGUGCACACCACAUUUCUCGUGACAAUCGAUUAUUGUAAUCAAUAUCACAUCGGUAGAGCCCAACUGUGCACACCACAUUUCUCGUGACAAUCGAUUAUUGUAAUCAAUAUCACAUCGGUAGAGCCCAACUGUGCACACCACAUUUCUCCUGACAAUCGAUUGUGGAUUAUUGUAAUCAAUAUCACAUCGGUAGAGCCCAACUGUGCACACCACAUUUCUCCUGACAAUCGAUUGUGGAUUGUUGUAAUCAAUAUCACAUCGGUAGAGCCCAACUGUGCACACCACAUUUCUCCUGACAAUCGAUUGUGGAUUGUUGUAAUCAAUAUCACAUCGGUAGAGCCCAACUGUGCACACCACAUUUCUCCUGACAAUCGAUUGUGGAUUGUUGUAAUAAAUAUCACAUCGGUAGAGCCCAACUGUGCACACCACAUUUCUCCUGACAAUCGAUUGUGGAUUGUUGUAAUAAAUAUCACAUCGGUAGAGCCCAACUGUGCACACCACAUUUCUCGUGACAAUCGAUUGUGGAUUGUUGUAAUCAAUAUCACAUCGGUAGAGCCCAACUGUGCACACCACAUUUCUCGUGACAAUCGAUUGUGGAUUGUUGUAAUAAAUAUCACAUCGGUAGAGCCCAACUGUGCACACCACAUUUCUCCUGACAAUCGAUUGUGGAUUGUUGUAAUAAAUAUCACAUCGGUAGAGCCCAACUGUGCACACCACAUUUCUCCUGACAAUCGAUUGUGGAUUGUUGUAAUAAAUACCACAUCGGUAGAGCACAACUGGGCCCAUGCUUAUAAAACUUUUAGUGUGUAGACUCAAAUCUCUAAUGACGUCACAUGCAUGCAAUUUGUAUUUCGUUGUGAUGACAUUAGUGUCUCAGACUGAGAGUCUCAAGUGUUAGACUCACGGUUUUAUAAGCACCAGGCCUGAUGACUAUUCGAUUAUAAUCAGUUAUUGCAACAUCAAUAAUAAACACUGUCAACUAACUGUCAGAUAAGCAUCUUGCAUAUAUAACAGAUUCAAGUUUGUUUUUGCAUUUAGAGCUGUAUUCUAGUUGCAAUCUCAAGGCUAUUUUGUAUUAUUUAUUCAUUUAGCAUAGCUCACAUUAAUUAAUAUCAUUUAGAUAGUUUCUCAUUAGAGCACAUGGAAAUGUGUUACUUUUUUAACAAUGUACGAUAUGUCCUCUACUGUUAAGUGUGACAUUCUAUUUUUUUAAAAAGGCAAAAUACAUUUCAUAUCAAGGCAGUUGAUGUUAAAAGUUUAUUAAAAGUGUAGUUGUGUUUGUAUUUUGCAUUAAGAAAUGAUAGCAUGAGAUUGCAGUUUUAUUUUUUAAAAGCAUAUUGGGCCAAAUUUAUGAAGCUUGUUUUUCUUAAACGCAGGUGUUUAAGCAUUGUAAAUGAAUGUAGUUACAUGCGUACAAGACA